AUGGCUGGCCCGAAUCUCGAGCUCUUCAAGUUUGGAUUGUAUCUUUUCUUCCCUCUUGCGGUCAUGGUUCACUAUGGUGAUCCUGAAUGGUAUCACAAGAACGUCCUUCCGAUCCGUGAUACCUUUUGGCCAAAAGAGAAGAAUCUAUACAAGCCUCCUCGAAAUGAGAAAGACUUGAAAUCAGAGCUGGCAGAACUGCGGCGGCAGCGUUUAGAAGGCAAGGCUGCGAAA